GAAGGAACGGCACGAGGGUAACUUGGUUCAAAGAAAUUGAAAAGUGAAGUGACGGGCAAAACGUUCUAACACUAUGGCAGUGAAAUUAUCCGUUGUUGCAUUGAUGUGUAUGGUUCUUAGUUCAGUUUGUGCUAGAUAUACAUUUUUUGGUAAGUGUAAAUCCGUUUUACUUUUACUAUCACAGUAUAUGUUACAAUUUUGUGCCCAAAUAUGUUACAAUUAUAACUCAUUUAAGAGUACUGAACCGUAUAUUUCAUUCUAUUGGUAAUAUAAUUUCCACUCGCAAUUUUGCAUCGAAAUUGUGAGUGGCUUAAACAUUUUGCAACACUGGAACUCGCAGACUGAACUCGCAAUCACAGACGUUUCCCACAUCGGGGAAACAAACAUUUGGGCCGAAAUGGUCGAAAAUUUGAAGAACAUUAAUUAAAUCCUAAAUGUGGAAUGAAAUGCGAUUUCAACCGAACACUUUAAUUCAAAUUGUAUUUGAUCAUUUUUUAUCGCAAUGAUUCAGCCAUAAAUGUUCAUUUAACAGGUAAAAGCCUGAUCUUUAUAUAAAUACAAAAACAGAAGACCUGUAUGUAUAUAACGAGUAUUUGAUAGAAAUUUGCCAUGCAUAUCGAUCAUCGGACUAUUUAUUGUAGACCAUUGUACUAGUCUACAUUUAUAAGCUUCUAGUUUGGUUUAAUAUGCCGAGAAGCUUCUUUUCCUUCGCUAAAUUUGAUUUAGCCUUAAUUGAUACACUGUUUUUAAUGCUUACAGAUUCGUAUAUAUAACCUAACUAAUUCGUGUUAAAAUUAUCGAUCGAUAUUACUUAUUAGCCGCAUAAAUAACGUGAUCAUCUGAGUACUAGAUAAAACAUAAGCAGCCGAUAAAGAUCGGAUGCGAAUGUUUUAUCGUGCUUAUAAAAUGACCCAUUUUAUGAGUUCAUUGGCGAUGUAAUUUUAAAAAUAAACAUUGUCUAAGCCGAGAAAAUCAAAGCUGAAGUUCAUGUAAAUCAGGACAAAUCUUUAUGCGAUUUACAAACAUUGAUUAAACAUUCAUUUCUUUUGAAUUUUCCUCAUGAAUUAUUAAUGAUUUUAUAACGUAGCUUAAUCAUUUAAGAAAUGCACUAUUCUCCAAGUUGCAUUUUGAGAAAAUUUAUAUAUGCACAUUAAUUAAAAGAUUAUUUGAAUGUAAGUAAUAUUUUUAGUAUUUAUUUGAAAUUGUUUAGAUACCGAGACAAAUGUCAAAAGGGAACCCAAAGGGUGGAGUAAGUGACUACCUUUAAAAUAAUAUAAAAUAAGAAAUAUUUUAAUUUAUGCGAUGCUAUAUUAAUAAGUUAAGCGCCGCGCGAACGAGGAUGAUUCAUGCAGAAUUAAUUAAUGAAAGUUAAUUGCAAAUCUCGCUCGAGUUUAACCGCCUAUUACCGCACUUUCAUAAACUCUCGUCUCUCAAUCAUAAACUUUGAGUUGUUUCAAAUUUUGAUGGGCGGAGUUGACGAGAGUUAGCGGUAAUGAUCCCACAGAACUAUCAUUUCCUCUAAUUCUCGUUUGAUUAGAGCUUUAUAAUAACAGUAAGUCAAACUGAUAUUUCGGAUUUGUAAACUCCUUCACUCCUUGAAAUUUGUAAACUACUUAUUUUUAUCUGCCGAAUGUCUCUUGAUAAAUAUAAACAUUUCUUUUGUUCCAGAUGAAAGUAGUUGUAGCCGCCCAGAAGAUGGAAUUUGUAAAAAGCGAGACCAAUCGUGGUGCAAAUAUCCACGCGUUCGCCAGCAAUGUCCAAGAUUGUGUGGCGUCUGUGGUAAGAUUGAUUUAAACCUUCUUCUUGAAUGACUCAGUACCCUCAGUACACAGCUAGCUGUUUAUAAUUCCUCCUCUAAUUAAACGGAGGUUUCUAAUUUUCAAUUGAUCUAGACAUAAAAGCAAUUGUUAAAAUCAUUGUUUCGAAAAUCUGUGUAUAUAUAUUGAAAAGCUGCCUUAAAUCUACUUAAACGCAGAAUGGUGAUAAGUAAUAUACGAUUUAAUGAGAUUCCAUUUCAGCUAAUAUAGCGCCGUCAUACAGGGAAAUCGCCACAGGUUCCCCCAGUGGCGUGCUGGGUAAUAUUUUUCUCGGGGGGCCAGUGGGCUGUCAACAAAUAUGCGCCCCUAUAAUGUUUCGCUUGAUAAACGGGGGCCGAAGGCACGAGCCGAGCGCCGCAGGUGCGAGGUUUGUCUAGGGGGGUCCGGGGGCAUGCCCCCAGGAAAAUUUUUGAAUUUAGAGUCUCUGUAAUGCCAUUUCCUGGACUUUGGGGGAAGAUUUGACAGAAAUCUGAUGGUCAGGAAACGGCAUUAUAACGUUUCGAAAUUUGCAACUUGGUUUGAAUUUAGUAGUAGUAGUACUUAUAUUAUGCAAUGCUAACAACUUCCAGCGAUUAAUCUAACCCCAAUUCUAUUCUCUACUGAUCCAGUGAUCUGAAUACAAUUACAACAUACAGCUCUUUUAUACAAUAACACACGGACCCCACGCAUAUGCAUUUUAAGGUUUCCCUGCCUGGCUGCCAAAAGGGCGCGUUUCAGCAUUAUUUCAUUACUCACAUUACUCCAUGAUGUUUCUGGCGCAAACAACUAAAUUGCGUACACAACUUUAUAUUAUCAUAACUUAAACUAUCUAAUUUGCGCCGCUCUUGUGAUUCGUGAAGCAUAAUAAAGGGCAUAAUACGAGCAAAAAAGGGCAUAAUUCCCGUGAUCGCUUUGAAACCUGACCAAUAUUCCGGUGAUGAGACAUUGCGUGUGAUCACAGUUCAUGUUUCUAUAUGAACGAUCUCGUGUGAGUCGUGAGGUAGCAAAUUAGCAAAUACGGUUAGACAAAAUAGUCUGUAUAAUUUAAUAUAUCACUUUGUCGCCUAUGUGCUUAGUCUGUUUUAUAAGCCUAUAAACACAUCUUUUCUCGGCGGAAGGAACUAUAUUUUUUCGAAUGCGUUUUUUCCCACCCACUUUCAAAACUCGGCGCGGGAUCGGCGCCCCCUUUUCAUUUUUGCGCCCUGCAAGAAUUGCCAGCUGGGGGGGCCGUGGCCCCCCGGCCCCCCCUGCCAGCACGCCACUGGGUUACGGCGACCCCAUAAUUAACUUUACAAUUACAAUAAAUUUAACAGUCGAUACAAACUGUCAGUAAGACAAGCUACAAUCGAUGCAGCGGACAACUUAAAACUCCAUCAAGGAACCUAGCCGUUUUACAUUUAACACACGAGAUUUCCAAGUUCGAGGAUCGUCACAAUGUAAUACAACUUUAGUCCAGAUUUGAAAGCAUGCAAACUCCAAUAUUACGGACCGGAGUUGAACCAUUUUUAAUCGAACUGAAGGGAUCAAGUCUUUUUAACUUCCAAUUAGAACUUUCAUGUACAAUUUAAUAUGAAUUUAUGCUGUUCUAAUAUGCUCGUACGAUUACAAUGCAUUCUAAACUUCCAGACUAGCAGAGGUAAUGAAGUUUGGGCGUUUACAACAAAAGGGUGAUUUCUAAAGGGUCACUUUUUUUUUAGACACCCUGUAUAUGUGGGUAUACAACACCUCAUUAAACAUUGAUUUCUUUUGAAUUUUCUUCUUGAAUGAUUCAAAGCCAGAGGCAAUUUUUUUUAAAUGUCACUGACGUAUUUGCAAUGAAAAGUGUUCAAUCUGAAACCUAAAAUGUUUUUGGCGUCUCUCUCAAAAUUACCGUGUUUUCGCUUUAUUCUCUAGUUUACAGAGUUUAGUAGCAACCUUUUUAAAUGCAUCUGCCGAUUGAGAAACAUGAAAUAAUUAAUAGUGAAAAAUUGUCAAUUAAAAUACAAUUAUCAAUGAUGCUUUAAAAUUGACGCCAUAUUUACAGCCGUAUAUUAAGCAAAACUUACUGAACUUCAGACAUCAUUUUCUCUUUGGCGUACCGUCUAGAAUCUCUUCAUUUUAGCAUUAUUUUACAGAUAAAGCACUAAACAUACUUUUAAAGUUUGUUUGCCAUUUGAGAAACGUAUCGAAAAAUAAAAAUUUUGAAUUUAGUCAUAACCUCAAGUGGUAUAUUAUACGCAUUAGUUUUGGGCGCGUGUUACGUGACAUACAAAAAAAUCUCUUAAUGACUUCUACAAAUUUGGAUACCAAAUACUAUUCUGAUAUCUUUACUUCUUUGCUACUAGCUCCAUUUACUGGUGUGUGUCCCACCAGUUACAUAUUUGGCUGCUGUUGGGAUGGUAGUGAGUCACUGACACCGGACAAAUCUGAUUGCAAUGGUGAGUUUAUAACAGAAGGAAUACUCUCUGCACAAACAGAAAAUAUUUGGAUAAAUUCAUGGUAUAAUUACCAGUAUUUAUGGAUAUGAAACAGAAGCAGUUUAAUUAAAGUUUGAUAGUUACCAUUUUCAAUUCAGCAUAAUUAAUUAGUAUUUAAAACACGAGUGCUUUAUUAGAUAUAAAACACGAGGGCAUAGCUCGAGUUUAAGUGGCGUUAAAAACGAACCAUCUAAAGAGUUCAUUGGCAAAGUAAUCAUGUUUAAAAAUUAACAAGUUUAUGUAAAUGAACAUGAUUUUUAGUCACACAUAAAACCACCUACAGUACACGCUAGUGAUUUCCUUUAUCUUUUCCGCUCAUGAAUUAUUAAUGAAUUAUUAAUCAUUUCUAGUACAUGUCAAUUAUUUUCAAUUAGGGAAAGUUCAUUUUUUAUGUCGGAGGAGGGAAGAGGGGGGAUGGUAACACUCAGUUUUUAAAUACUAUUAUACCCCCUUCCCUCGAGUGACAAAAAUCUUAACAGCCUCCCCCCCCCUAAGAAUCAUACAAAUUUUAAGCCCUCCCUCCCCCUCGACACCCAAAUCCCAUCUAGCGUGCGAUGUUUCUAAAUUGACUUAAAUGCAGCACGCAUGAAACAGAAUGUGCCAAUGUGGGUCUAUUUAGGUUGACUGCCUCAGCUAAAAUGCUUAGAAUAAUUAAUAUUAAUUAUUUAUUAAAAUGUUAAACGUAUAUUUAGAAAUAAAAAGCAACCCUAAAUUUUUUCUCUAAAAUCCAAGCGUACAUAAUCCUUGGAAUUGUUACAAAAGAAAGAAAAUAUUUAGAAAAUAUUUUGGAAGAAGCACCAGAUAAUGUUAUUUAGUACGCUCCAUUAGAAUAACUUAAAUGUAUACUUGGGAAGCCAAAAACAAAAUUCACGAUUCCCUUAACAUUGCUUUACAGAAUCAUGUUGGGGGCAUUUUUUUGGGACACCGUGUAUUGUAGGAAUGUAUUUAGAAUAUAUAAUGUAUUUGAUCUAAUAAACAUUUGGUCUUCGCAAUUAUAUAUGUGAUUAUGAACGUUCAAUAUGGUAUUUUUAUACAGAAUGCAGGGAUCGUAGUGAAAAUAUAUGCAAAGGGCCUGCAAUACAAGAAGAUUGUGAUAUGAAAGCCAACACGCCGAUAACAAGAAAGCUCUGCCCUGUUACUUGCGGUGCUUGUGGUGACUUUGGUAAGAGACUACAAAAUUGUUAAUGGGGGGAAGGCGGCAUGCACAGUCGAGCUUUUUAUGCAGCCUUAUUAGGAGGGCCAGCAUUUCAUGAAUGUCAAUGCGAAAUAAUUGAAUUCCUAACUGACGAAAAAAAAUACAAAACGUUUUUGGCAAUUUUUUCAAUGUUUUUACUGUUUUUAUGGCACUGUGCCGGAUGGCUGGAACAGUGGCGUAACUCUCUCCUCCGCAGAACCUCCUUAAGUAUUUACAAAUAACUUACAUGAAGUUUCCUGAAUAAAAGUGAGCGCGCGCGGUGUCAUGGGAAGAUUGAAAUGAAGUUGGGGAGGCUCUGUCAGAUAAUGCGACGAAGUAUGGUUUUUGAACCAAACUAGUUGUUUGACCUUUUUUAAACUUGAAAUCGACGGAAAUGUGAAAGAAAUUGAAAUGAAUCUUCAUAAUCUGAGUAUCGAAGUUCAAUAGAGUCAUUUUUAUAAAGAAAUGUUGCAAUUAAAGGUGCUCUACAAUCCGAUCUGCGCAUGUGCACAAAGGAGCCCACUUUUUAUGAUACAAACAGUUUAACUAUGUUUUGGGUUCUUGAAAAGCCUGAUUGUUGUUUCUUGAUAAUUUAUUAUACUCUAGAAGCUUGAAAAUAUAAAUAGUUGUGGAAUAAAGCUCAAUAUUUUGGACACAAAAAUGUAAACAAAGGCUUUGUUUACAUAUAGACUGUAGGGCACCUUUAAGAGGAUAUUUAUAAUCAGAUAGCUCGUAUCCAUUGAUAUUCGUUUGCAAUUUCUCAAUAUUUCUCGAUGCAAAUGGACAUAAGAAGAUAUUGAUAUUGAAUUCACCCCAGGACACUCAAGUACGCCUGAAAAUGAAAGUCGAAAACAUGUUUUAACACCCCCGAUGGUUGAUCGAACUUUCCUACAAACGACUAAAUACGACGCCAUAUUGCAUGAUUGCAUUAACUCGCAGAGGCUUCCUUUAUUUAGCUCUUCCCAUCACUCCUUGCGCGCUCACUUUUUCCUCACUAGAAACUUCAUGUAAGCCUCUGCGGAGGAGAGAGGUGGCGUAACGUUAUAUCAGGGGGCCCCCGGUUCAAAAUUUUCGAAGGCCCCCCUAGUAGAAGUGCCAAAGGCACGAGUCGAGCGCCGUAUAUGCACCAGUUUUCUACGGGGUCCAGGGCAUGCUCAUCCGGAAAAUGUUUUAAUCUAGACUCUCUGAAAUGCCAUUUCCUGGUCUUUGGGGAGAGAUUUUACAGAUUUCUGAUGGUCAGAAAAUAACUUUGUAUUUAUCAGAGGCCCUGGCCAAUGUUUUUGCUCUAUCGCCUAAGCCUGGGGCCCCCAUUUGGCCCAUUGUGGUUGGGGGCCCCCGGGUUCUCCCGGUCUGAGCCCAUAGUAAUUACGCCACUGGGCUGGAACCCGCUGAAAAACAUCCGCGUAUGACGAAUCCACAAUCUCAGUGGCUGUCGGUUAUCUGACAGCCAAUGGAUUGUGUAUAUGAGAAAUAUGAGAAUGCUUUUUUAGUGGGUUCCAGGCAUCCAGCAUGAUGUUUUAUUUGUCAUUUUGUGCAGUUCUUUUUAUCAUGAACUGGCAUGACAAUUGACCAUUUGCGUAAUAGACUAAAUUUUGAAUUAAACAAGUCUGGACAAAAAUUUCAUCACAGCUUGAAGGAGCAUCACAAAAUUAGUAAUAUUCCAAAGUUUCGUUGCAAAAUGUUAUAAAAUGCGGAAAAUAUAGCCUUGCGAAAUUUGCAAUUUUCAGUCAUUUUAGAUUACAAACGGGAAAUUGACAGCCCCAAACACUUCGAGGCUGUCAAUUUCCGGUUUGUAAUCUAAAAUGACUGAAAAUUGCAAAUUUCGCAAGGCUAUAUUUUCUGCAUUUUACAUCAUUUUGCAACGAAACUUUGGAUUAUUACUAAUUUUGUGAUGCUCUUUCAAGCUGUAAUGAAAUUUUUGUUGAGAUCAAAAUUUAGUCUAUUACGCAAAUGGUCAAUUAUAUCAAGAUUAUAAGCUACUUCACAUGCAUUCAUAUGCUGCAUCAGUCACAGUACAUCGAUCGGAAAAUUGUAGAAACGUUAAUUUUCAGUAGAUAUUUACGACCAUAUGUUUGUGACUUGCGUCUGUGGUGACAAGUCCAAAUGAAGUCACAAGUCAUUUUGUUCGAGUCUGAGACACAACUCGUUAAUCUGAGUUAACUAGUCAAGUCCAAGUCACAAAAAUUGCGAGUCCGACUUUAGUCCAACUCGAGUCCAAGUCAUACGACCCAAAUACAACUCACAACUUUGGUCUCAUAUAAGCAACUCCUCGGAGUCAUAUCUUUUGUGUAGAGCUAGAUAAAUUGAACUGAAAAAUAUCUUAGUGUAAAGGUGUUGGGAUGACGCAAAAUUUAUGGAAAACCUAUCUUAUCAAUGUUUACCAAUCUUGCACAAAAUUUCUGUAACUCUGCUUAUUUUCAUUUUCCUAGGCAACUAGAGAAAACGAUUUGCAACGGAGCAUUUGACGGCUCUGCAUAUAGAAGUGAAUUAGAUUUGAUGUGAUCAGCAGCGGUUAUAAUUAAUUACGACGGAUCUGAUAAAAGAUAUAGAACGCAACAUAAUUGUGUACGUGUAUAUAGUUAUAGUUCUAUUAUGUAAUUUUAAUUAAUGUACGAUUGUAAAUCGUUUUGGAAAAUAGGAUAAUGAAAAGUGAAUAAAUAAAGAUUUUUCGCGAU